UUGGUCGUCAGUCACCUCUCGCUCUCCUUCCAAAGAGAAAUUCGACCGUGUUACGCUACGCUCUCUUUGUCCAAUCCGUUCACCGUGCCUCCCAAUCAUACCUGGGUAAAAGUCGUAAAAGUCCAAAAUGGACAACUUGCUCCUGGACGAGGAGGUCGUAGCUGAGGGUCGCGGUCAGCCUAUCGUUCCAGUGGAUAAUCUUCCUGAGGGCCAGCGUCCCCACCCGCCCACCCGACCUCAUCCUCAUUUGCUCUUGCGCCGUUGCUCAAUUUCCUCCUUGGAUGAAUCUUCUCAGAAAUGCGCUGAUGCGCUCUAUGGGCUGACCGGCGCAGGACUGGGCUGCUCGGGCCCGCGCCCGGUGCGCCUUUUGGCCCAUCACCCACCCAAGGCCCUGGCUGGUCUAAAUCGGCUACGCCAAGCGGGCCUGCUGACCGACGUCACCUUGGAAGCUGGGCAUGUGCGCGUGCCAGCCCACAAGAAUGUGCUAGCCGCGUGCUCGCCUUAUUUUUGGGCCAUGUUUACCACAUUUAAUGAGCGCGAUCAGGACUGUGUUACUCUCAAUGAGGUUGAUCCUGAGGCAUUAAAGAGCUUGGUGGAGUAUGUGUACACCUCCAAGGUCGAGGUGUCGGAGGACAAUGUACAGAACUUGCUCAUGGCAGCCAAUCUGCUGCAACUGGAAGAUGUCCGAGAGGCUUGUUGCGAAUUUCUCCAAUCUCAAUUGCAUCCCACCAACUGCUUGGGGAUCAAAGAUUUCGCCGAUCUCCACGGUUGCCAAGAUCUUCAAACCCAGGCGGAGGUUUUCAUUGAAACGCAUUUUACUGAGGUGCUCGACUCGGAUGAGUUCAUUCAAUUACGACCGGAACAAGUCAUCAGCCUCAUUGCCAGCGAUACCAUUACUGUACCUUCCGAAGAGAAAGUAUACGAAAGCGUUUUGACUUGGAUUCAGCAUGAUCCGGAAGCUCGUCAAAGUCAUGUGGCCGAUCUCAUGAACCAUGUGCGGUUACCACUCCUGUCCAAGGAGUAUCUCAUCAAGCGAGUCAAGGAGGAACCCUUGCUCGAGGCCAAUCCCCGGUGCAAAGACUUCAUUAUUGAAGCUCUUACCUAUCAUCUCAUGUCUUGUUCCAAUCCUCUCGUCUCUCGGGUCCGACCUCGACAACCCAUCGGAUUACCCCGUGUCAUGUUAGCCAUUGGGGGUCAAGCUCCGAAAGCCAUUAGAUCUGUCGAGUGCUACGAUUUCAAGGAGGAACGAUGGUUUCCGAUCACCGAAAUGGACACUCGCCGAUGUCGAUGUGGCGUGGCCGUUGUACGAGGUCGUGUUUACGCCGUGGGAGGUUUCAAUGGCAGCCUCCGAGUUCGGACUGUGGAUGAGUACGACCCAUUAAAGGAUCGAUGGACCUCAGUAGCUACCAUGGAAGCCCGACGUUCGACCCUGGGGGUAGCCGUUCUCAACGAUCGCAUUUACGCCGUGGGUGGCUUCGACGGAAGCACAGGACUUAGCUCGGCUGAAGUCUUGGACUUGUCGGUUCCGAAUCUUUGCAUGGGCGAGCUUUUGCCCAAAGAGACCCCUAGCCGGGAAUGGCGCCCCAUUUCCAGUAUGUCCACUCGACGGAGCUCAGUAGGCGUUGGUGUCUUAAGCGGACUGAUUUAUGCAGUGGGUGGAUACGACGGCAAUAGUCGACACUGCCUCAGUUCGGUGGAAUGUUACAAUCCCGAGGUCGAUGCCUGGACCCAAGUGGUCGACAUGUCUGCUCGUCGAUCAGGAGCUGGAGUGGGCGUCUUGAAUGGGCUUUUAUUCUCAAUUGGUGGCCACGAUGGGCCUUUGGUUAGAAAAAGUGUUGAAUGCUUCAAUCCAGAACGGAACACAUGGACCACGGUGUCGGAAAUGAAUUUUUGUCGAAGAAAUGCGGGCGUCGUGACGCAUAACGGCCUGCUAUAUGUGGUGGGUGGCGAUGAUGGGAGUUCGAAUCUGCAAUCCGUGGAAGUGUAUAAUCCCAAGACGGAUACUUGGACUAUUUUAAAUGCCACCAUGAGCAUUGGUCGUUCCUAUACCGGGGUUUGUGUCAUUGAGAAGCCGGAAUUUAUCUAAGAACCGAUUUAGAUCUCCUUGCAAGGAAAGAAUGAGUUAAAUCGGAAAAUUGUCAGAUGUACUCGAUAACGAUGUUCAAUAAGAGAUCUUUACGUCCUC